AUAAUAAAAGAGUGAUGAGUGUUAUUGAUUUAUUGCAUGAAAAAUGUGGAACUCGUUUGUUUAUGAAAAUUUUGAUGAAUGAUGGCCUGACAAGAAUUUUUUCUUCUUGGCCAAAAACAACUUGCGGAUAAAAUAUCUGGCAAAAUUUUGCCUUCAUUUCAAUAGUUAAGUUUCGUUAAAACUGAUUUAUCUUACUGUGAGUUCAUUGUCUCCAUCCUCCGGGGAACUCUAUCCAUCCUCUUCCCCUGCGCCUUCAUGAAAAGCCCUUGGUUUCUUUCCUUCCUCGCUUAAAACCUAGCUCCUUCUUCCCUCGUUUUAAACCAGUUUCGUACUUUUUGCGAGAAUAGCCCAUCGACGUUCGUUUCUUUCCUCCCUUGUUUCAUCAACGGCUUGCUUUCUGAACUCGUCUUCCGAUCCCGCCAUCUAUGCCGUCGCCUAGCGAGGUUGUUUAGCUUGAGAGCUGAUGCUGGGGAUUGCUUUUUAAGAUGGAUCUCAGCCAUAUCAGAUGUGAGCUUUUACCUAGAUCCCUUAUCCCAUCCUUGGCUAGCCUCCAACAUUCCUUUCUGAGGCCAUUCUCAAACCCUUUCUGCAAGGCCCCAAGCCUAAAAUUCCAAACACCAAAACAUUUUGUAGUUGUCUCAUUUUCUCAAAACCCUAAAUCAACUAUAUCCUCGAUUGUCAGCCAAAAUCCUGUAUAUACUGCUCGAAAUAAUGCAUGCGAGCGAGACGUUCGGUCCUUUGCAGGUCGGAAGAAGAAGUCUGGUGGUUCCUCAACUGGGCGCACAGAGGGCAAGGCUGAUUUCCUCCGUCAGUUGAGGCGCAAGCCUAGGCAGAGAGCUAAGAAAUAUGCUGAGUCCUUUUUCUAUCGCUUGAGAAAUCCACAUGGGAACUAUCCUGAUAACUUCUCUGAGGAUGAGCUUCAACAAAUUGGUCUUGGGUAUGAUCGGUUUGUCAGAUUUAUGGAGAAGGAUGAUCCAAAUUUGCGUCACCCAAAUGAUUGGUAUAAAUAUGGCCAAUUUGGACCUUACUCAUGGCGAGGAAUUGUCCUAGGUGACCCAGUUCGUGGUAGAUUUACUGAUGAGCGUGUGACAAUAAUAAAUGAAGUUAAGGAUCAUGAGGAAUGGGAGAAAAUCGAGCAAUUUGAAAUGGCUUCUGAAUUUGGGAAAAGAGUGAAGCAGAUGGACAAAAGUAAAGGAUUGAGGUACUUUUGGGUAUUCGUGAGGCACCCAAAGUGGAGACUUUCUGAGUUACCCUGGCAGCAGUGGACGUUGGUUAGUGAAGUAGUCCUUGAAGCUGGUAAGCAGAGGUUGGAUAAGUGGAGUUUGAUGGGUAGACUUGGAAAUAAGGCAAGGUCUUUGAUAACACAGUGUGCAGCAUGGAUGAGACCUGAUAUAAUAUAUGUAAAGCGGCCAGUGUAUCAAUGUAGGUUUGAGCCACAGGAUAACUUUUUUAAUGCACUUAUUCCAUUUCUCGAUCCCAGUACAGAACGUGAUUAUCUUUUUGAGCUAGAAAAUGAUGAUGGGACUGUUGAAUUGUGUACUUAUUUUGGUGGGUUGUGUAAAAUUGUAAAGGUGAACCAAAAAGCAUUUGUUGAUGAUGUGGUCAAUGCGUAUCAGAAAUUGAAUGACGAGAAAAAGUCAAAAUGUCUAGAAUUUUUGUUGAAGAAUCAUCCAGUUCCGCUUUUACAUCCAUAUACAAAGGAGUGGAAAGCUAAGUUGGAAGAGAUGGAGCUGGGCUGCGAUGCUCCUGAUGAUGACAGUGAUGAUGCGAGUGUUGAUGAUUCUGGUGAAACUGAGAUCUUAGAUUGGAUUGAGGAUGAUGAAGGUGGCGUUGAUGGUGAAGGCAUUGCUGAGGAUGAUGAUGAGGAUGAUGAUGAUGAGGAGGAGGAUUAUGGUGAUGGUGGCGAUGAUGGCCAAGAUCUAGCUAUGGACAUGGAAGAUAUUGGAGACGGUGAGGAAGAUACAUCUACAGAAGAUGAUGGUGUGAGCUGGGAAGAGAAGCUUCGAAAAGCCCUUAGUAGUGGAGAGGCAAUGGAAAGGCUAGCAAAGGAGAGUGUAGAGUUCACCUCAAAGUUAUACAGUAAACACUCAAUGACAGUAGAGGGUCAGGGAGAAGAACAGAAGCAUUCAUUGGAUGGAGAUGAAACUGCCUUGAGAGGCAAGCGGGCGAAGGUUAGUCCAGAUGAGUGGAAAUAUGCUGGGAUUGGUCCAUGGAGGAAAAAGGUUAAGAAGAGCAAACUUCCUCCAGAGUUGUUUUUGCGAGCAGCUGUUAGACCAUUCACAUACAGAAAUCUGGUUAAAGAGAUUGUUUUAACUAGGCAUGCAAUUUUGGAUGGUGACAUAGGUAGGAAGGUUUAAGCUAGUUUCCUUGUAGAGAUGCUAUGUUUGUGUAGGAAUGAUGCGUACAAGUCUUCCUAUGGCUUGGAGAAUACUGAAAUUUUGUGAUGACUGCUGCGGACGGAUUUGUUUGAUAUGCACCUAGUUGCUGGGAGCAAUAUUAGUUGUUGUCUCCUACGUUUCAUCAAACAUAAAAGCUAGAGUUUAAAAUUUGUUCAAUCUAGUUCACUUUUGGCGCAUUUAGAUUCUAAAAAAUCAGCUUGCUUUUCAUUUCUUAGGUUUACUGGCAUUUUUUCAAAGAAAGAUUUUAUAACUUUUCUACAGGGCUUAGUGCCUCGUCUAUGAUUGUUUUUCUUUUGUGAAACAAGAUGCCUAGAGAGGCAGGGUACAAUCACUGGCUAUUCGACCAGAUGCACCUAGACGAUUUUUAUGGGGCAAAUGAAUGCAACCAACAGGUGGGGAAGAGGGGAAAAAAUAUGAACAUCACAAGGGAGAUCAUAAGAAUGAAGAUUUCCUUGUAAAUGGGCAGAAGAGACCCUUGGUAGUUUCCUCCAUAUGACCAUGUCACUUCAAUUAAUUUAAUCUUUGAUUAAUGUUUA